AUGCGAAUCGUGGUGCAUGUGCGUUGCGCUCGAAGUCGCCUGGGACGCGGUGCCGAUCUGCUCAAGGGUCUCCGUACCGGUGAAGUGGCUCUACUCCGCACGACUCCGACGACAGCGGCCCAGGGCUACUCUCGGAGGGUUGAAACGAUGGCGCGCAUCGCUAAGGUCGCUCUGGUGGCUGCUGGCUGGUGGCCUGAGCAGGUCUGA